UGCACAAUAACGAUCGUUGUAACAUUUUCAAACUCUCACCAUGUGAAUUCCUAUUAUAUUUUCGUGCAAAAAACGAAAAUGCGAACCAAAAUGCUCCAGCAUUACGUUAUUGUAUCUAAUCUGACAGAUAACCUCGACUUACCCAAUUAUAAACAAUUGCGCUCAUUCAACGCGUCAUAACAGUGUACGAAAAUGGAUCAAAGCAGUUAUGGUGUAAAUCGUCUAGCAGGCAAGGUAGCAAUUGUAACUGCAUCAACAGAAGGCAUCGGUUUUGGCAUAGCUAAAAGAUUCGCGCUAGAAGGGGCCAAGGUAGUAGUAAGCAGCAGGCGUCAGAGUAACGUUGACAGGGCAAUUCUGCGACUCGCCCAAGACGGUUUGGGCGAACGCGUUGUAGGGGUGGUUUGCCACGUGGCCAAAGCGGAGGAUCGCCGAAGAAUAUUCGAUGAAGCCGUCAAACUCGGAGGACCUCACAUACUGGUCUCCAAUGCUUCAGUUUAUCCAGGAAAUUGGCGAAUAUCAGAGUGCCCGGAAAGCGUAUGGGAUAAAGUUUUCGAAGUGAACGUAAAAGCUGCCUUCUUAUUGGCCAAGGAAGUAUAUCCACUUAUGCAAAAAAACGGGGGUGGCAGAAUAAUUUUUAUAUCGUCUGUGGGAGCGUACCUCCCCUUGCCUAUUUUAGGUGCUUAUACUACAAGUAAAGUCACCUUACUUGGUUUAACCAAAGAACUCGCCGGUGAAAUCGCCUGUGAGAACAUUACAGUCAAUUGUAUCUCCCCAGGAUAUAUUCCAACUGGAUCUUCAGAACGGGUGUCACAACAACAAAAAGCGAGAAACGUGUUAGAGGCUAUUCCGCUGAACAGAUACGGAACUCCAGAUGACAUUGCAGGAGUUGCUGCGUUUCUAGCAUCAGACGAUUCCAGCUAUGUCACGGGAGAAACGAUCGUUGUAGCCGGUGGUUUGCAUUCCAGAUUGUAGUAACUUUCCCUAUUCCUUUGUAAGAAAGGCACGGAAGAACUAAAUAAAAAUUGAAAUCCCUUAAAACAGUCA